AUGGCUGUUUCCCUCCUCGACCUCAACCUCUCCUCCUACCUCAUCACCAUCUUCUCCGCCUCCCUCGUCGAGGUCCUGAAGACCGCCCCACGCACGGUGCUCCUGAUCUCGCGUAACGAUGCCUUUCAACGUCUCAACAUACUCGGAGCGACCGCCUCCUGUCCGCGUCCUCCAAACCCGUCCUCGAAAACGUCAUCCUGCACCACAUCGACGAUGACGUCGUCUGAGCCUUCCUCACGAACCGGACUGCAUCCACCUACGCGUCCCUCGAGGGCUCAGAUCUUCACGUCAAACAACACGCCAUCCCGCACAGGUGUCAUCCAUAAAAUAUCGGACGUCCUCAUCCCGGGCUGGAAGGGCCACCUUAUCGAGAACCUCAUGGUCGACACUGACACUACCAAAUCGAAGUGCGAGUUCACGAAGCUCUCCAAAUACAUGAGCGAAGAGUUCGGCAAAGGUGAGCGCCUCUACACGCCGACCGUCCUCCAUUCUCUUUCCCCCGAAGCCCUUGACGCUGACCCCCCGUCCGUUACCCUUCUCUUCACUCAUGCCACCCGUUACCCCUCCGCCUCCCCCACCCGCUUCCCGCCCGCUCCCUCUCCCUAG